CCGGCCAUCUUCGCCUGGGAGAUCAGGGAUCUGUUGCGCCGGGAAUUAGUCACUUAUAACCAAAACCGCAAUCAAAAUGAGUCCACUUCUGGCACGUCCUCAUCGGCCGGAGAGUCAGACCUUAACGAAUGGCACGAAUGCUCUCUUCGAUUGGACCCCCAAUUCAAACACAUCUUCUGCUCCAGAAUCCAAACAAACGAAUAAUACAUUGAAUAAUGAGAUGAAUAGGAAAUCUCAGAGUCAAUGCCAACCUGUUUUGGCGAGGAGACGGCAAAAGAAAUUCAAGUCUUAUUCAAUUGAAGAGAUACUUAAAAAUGAUGACAUCUGUGAAGAUACUGGUGAUGAAGUGGUUUGCAAUGAGAGCCCAAAUGUUAACAUUUAUC